AUGUAUAGCUCAGAGACUGGUAACAAGAGUUCAGUAUUGGAAGAUGAGGCCAUGGAGCAGCCAGGUCAGGGAACGAUGAAGAAGCCUGUUAAUCUCAGUAUAGACAAAGAUAUCGUUUCCACUGAGCCAGAAGAUUGGGGGAAGAACACAAUGUAUAACGAGCAAAAGCAACGAUAUGACAAUUCGCCGUUUUUGACACCUUCUCCGCACACGCCGUCUCCGUGUAAUUUGCAUGGGUCCGUCCAUCCACCACCGAAUAUCCUACGACAUGCAUCCAAACGGCUAGCUAAGCCUCCUACAUAUGAUGCUCCCACGAAAGCUUCAGAAGCGAAGAAGAAUGAGAAAGUGGAGCUUCCGGCGCUGGUGAAAAGGGGAGAUUCGGGCAAGGACCGUCUUAGUCGGCCAAACACCUCUGAUGGGCAAUCACCAUCUGCGCAAUCGGAGCCGAAAUCUGCUCCGCUGUCGCGACCAUCCAGUGCUGAUCCCCUUACUUCAGUGAAGUUUGGGCAUAGGGAUGAUGCGUACACCGAUGAAAAGACCAGGAUUGAUAUCGAUGAAGAGCAGCCUGCAGAGAAAGAGCAUGCAGAUCCUCACCUUCAAGAUCUGGUCGCAGAUAUCAAACGCUUACAAUAUGAGAACAUUGCAUUGAUGGAAGUACAGCAAGAAGAGGAAGAAGCGCUGAGCAGAUUGUCACAACUGCAACAGGAUAAAACAAAGCUGGUAAAAGAAGUCAGGGUGCUGCGCGAAACAAAAGCUAAAACGGAAGAACUGGAGAGUGAGAUCGAUAAGCUUUCCAGUCAGCUCAAACUCGUAACUAGAGAGAAGAAGAAAAUGAACGAGGAACUAGAAGGCUCGAGAAACAGGAUGGAAGAGCUUAGCCAAGAACGUGAUCAACUUUUAGUUAACGUACAGGAGCUAAAGCAACAGAAGGAAGAAUACUGGCGUCGAGACUUGCCACUUAAUGCGUCGGCCAAAGAAGUGACUAUCGCAGAUCUAGAGUGGAAUAAUGCAGAAUUGAGACAGAAGCUGAGGGAGAGAGAUGAUGAAGUGGCCUAUCUGCAGAGAGACAAAGCUACAACUCAGAAAGAGCUUGAGACAAAACAAAAAGAAUUGGAUGAAGCUUAUGAGUAUGCCAACCAAGGUCAGGAUAGCCUCGAAGACCAGAUUAAUGAGAACGAGUUGAUUAUCCAGAGGCAGAAAGAUCUCAUCAGCACACUAUCAACACUCAUGGAAAACGCGACGAAAUCCAUUAGCGAUGACUCGGACAUGGAGCUUAGCGAGAUUUACGAUUUGGUACAGCAGCUUACCGCCCAAAUCGAGACGAGCAGCUUAUAUGAGAGUAUCCAUAUGCUAUUCCAAGCCUUUGGAAAGACUAGGAGAUCGUUACACAGCACGAAUGAAGACUUGAAGCGUCAACUACAUUAUAUGAACCUUCAGGUCACCAAACUAGAAGCAGCAGCCAAGGCGUCUCUGACAGCCGAAGUGCGUAUUGCUAGCCCUGAUAUAGCUAUUCCAUCGAUUCUACAAUCCCCAAUGAGUCCACUACAAGCAGAUAGAGACGGAUCCGAGACACUCUAUAGGAAUGAGGUCCGUGAACGCAAGAACACAAAAGCACAGCUCAAACAGGCUCACUUGGAAAAAGUCAAAUUGUCAGCAGAAACCACCACCCAAAUCGAGAAGAUCUCGAACCUAAAAAACCUCCUUGAAGACUCACAAAACGAUUGUGCCAAUCUGAAGAGCAGAGUCAACGAGCUCCAAGACGAAGUCCAAUCCUGGCAAUCCGAGCUCGCAGAGUCAAAAUCCCAACUCGAGCUCCGCACCUCAGCAUUCGAACGGGAAGCCCAUUGCAUCCGCAAAGAAGGUCUCCGCCAAAUAAAAUCGUACUACAAAAAAACCGCCGACGAGUCAAACUGGCACGUCACCAUGCUCCAAGCCCGCCUCGCCGCCCUCCAAGACGACCAUACAGACGUGCUCAACCUCUUCAACGCCUCAAAGCGCGAAAAAGCCAGCCUAGAAGAAGAAAUCGUGCGCCAAAAAACGUUUACUCUCGAUCCCGGUUUCGCAGACCAUGCGAAUGCAGUGCGUGAGAAACAUCCGGGACGGAGACCUUUGCCUAGUUUGUCCCUGCCGGUCAACCCGGAUGAAAACGGCAACUUGGUUAUGUCCGAGACACCGACCACACAUACGACGCCACUGGCGAAGAAGGAGAAGAAGAAGAAGAAGAAGAAGGAGAAGUCGGUACCGAGGUAUCAGUUACCGGGGGUUAAGGCGGCGUAUUUGGAGGAGGCGAUGGAGUUUAGGCAGAAGUUGAGGUUGAAGGAGGCGGCGACGGAUGAUUUGUUGGGAUUUUGCAUCAAGAGGCCGGACAUGAAGAGGACGGAGAGGGAGGCGGCGUUGAUGAAGCAGACUGGACAGGUUACUACUAUGCCCUUCUCGCCGUCUGUUUCUGUCAAACCGCCUACAUCGACGUCGACGACGUUGUCGCCGAGAGAAGGAACGAUGACGUCGUUCUCGACUUCGAGAUUCCUGUCUCCGACUUUGGAUUUCACUCCUAUUCCAACCUCCCGGAGAUUUCCUACUACCACCUCUUCCACCACCCUACCCACUUCAACUCUCAGCAUCCCCGCAACCUCAUCAUCGUCCGUCUUCCCAAUGACCCCCAGCGCUUACCCUACGCAAGAAUCCUACGUUUCGGCCAUGUCCACACAAAUCGUGAAUAAGAUCCGCAAGCGCAAAAUGGGCAAAGCGCUGUAUCCACCUGGUAGGAAAGAGUACGAGGAGGUGAAAAAGAUGACGGUGUGGGAGAUGUGGGAUGGGCCGAAGUGGGCCCAGGAGGAAGCUAGUGCAAGGGAGAAAGAGAUUCUGAAGAAGAGGGGUGUUUUGUAG